GGCGGUCGGGCCGAGUGCGCGGCCGUUCGAGGCGGUCGGACGUGCGGCAGGAGCCCUGUCCGGGCCCCGGUCACGGCGGUGGUAUCCGCAGCGAACGGGAGGCUGAUCCGUUCCCCUUCGAGAGGAGGUGCUGGGGUGGGUGGGGGGGGGGGGGGGAACGGCGGGAGGAGGGGUUUGAAGGGUCCGGACGAUGCCGCGGGGCGACAUGGCCUCCUUGAUCCAGAAGAUCGCCCGUCAAGCCCGCACCACCUUCAGGGCGCUACCGCCGGUGGACUCCGCCGCUUUCCAGGACGACCUGGCCAAGCUGCACAAGCUGGUGGAGAAGAUCCGGGCCGAGGACCUCAACCUGGGCCCGCGGAGGAAUUGCGGGCCGCCGCUUGGCGCUCACCAGGGACCCCCGGUCACCUACAUGCACAUCUGCGAGACCGACUGCUUCUCCAUGGGGGUGUUCCUGCUGCAGAGCGGCGCCUGCAUCCCGCUGCACGACCACCCGGGCAUGCACGGCUUGCUCAAGGUGCUGUACGGCCAGGUGACCGUCAAGUGCUUCGAUAAGGAGGAGGCGGCGGCGGACGGAGCGGAGGCGGACGGCGUGCAGUUCAACCCGCCGUUGCUGCAGUGCCAGCGGGCGGCGCUGCGGAGGUCGCUGCGGAGGUCGAGCUCCGUGCUGAGUGAGGCGAGCGGCCCGUGUGCUCUCACCCCGGUGCAGGGCAACGUGCACCAGAUCGAGGCGAGGGACGGGCCCGCCGCUUUCCUGGACAUUCUGGCGCCUCCUUAUGACCCGGACGAGGGAAGGGACUGUCACUACUUCAAGGUGCUGCAGGUGUCGGAGAACGCGGGCAAUGCCAGCCGCGCAUCGCCCCAGCAGCAGCAGCAACCGGUGUGGCUGCUGGAGGUGCCGCAGCCUGCUGACUUCUGGUGUGGUGGAGAGCCUUACCCUGGGCCCAAGGUCUCUCCUGAUGGAACAGCUGAUGGGAGAGAAUAGUAACGUACUUCCAGAGCAUAACCUUUCACGGUGUCUUCAUCUCCUUUCUCUCCCUUUAACAGCGAUGAAAUUAUUCAUGUGCUUUUCACAGAUUCGGCUUUAUUUUAGCAUCUUUUUCCAAGUAAUAGACAUCCCAAACUUCCACUGAAGAAUAAGAAACUUUAAAGCCUGGCGUUUCUUGGUAAAACUGGGAUACGUGUGUAAAUGUGCACACGCCUGCCAUUGCUCUUAGAGCUAUCUCAAGACUCGGUUUUCAGUCUGGUCUAGCACUUCGUGGCAUAUAUCCCACUGCAUGUAUUUACUGGAAUUUUGUCGAUAAGUACUUGCGUAUCAAAUGUUAGUUAACUGAAAUACAAGUUCUAUUAAAUUCCCAUUUCCGUCACUCCAUUCAUUAUUAAUUUAUUUAGAUGUUUGUGUGGUUUUUUUUCCCAAAUACAUAGUUUUAGAACAAAAUUUUUUUCCAGUAUGAACAAAACACUACUGGUAGCAUAUACUACUAACAUUUUUUCUAUCCAUCUGACCAAAUGGUAUUUUCUCAUAGAGAACCAUUUGAACAUCUUUUCAAGUAGUCAACAAUCUGAACAUUUGGCAGCCACCAUGCCCAUAAACUUGAAGUUUUUUGUCAUUGUCAGUUAUAACUGUUGCAUGCAAAAUAAUCCAAGCAAAAACCCAUUAUAAAUGUAGUAUAAUCCUAAUAAGACAAUUUCCUUUUAAGGAAAAGGACUCAUUGAGAGUUUAAUGGCCUAGUGGUUACCAGCAUGAGGCCCUCUGUUUGUAUUAAAGGUUACUUAUUGUAAUGCUACACAAAAUACACUAGUGGAGUGUUUGUGCACACUUCCAAAAUGCUGACCUCAACAAAGUGACAACUGGUCGAUUUUAAAAUCCUAAGUGCUUGUGCGGUAUCUGGGCAUCUAAAUCGGUGGGGUUGGUAAGGAAUUCUGUAUGCCCAGUAAAUCACUUGUUAACUUUCAAAUCUUAUAUGAUAAAGAACUGCUUCAAUUUAAUUAUAUAUAACAUUUAUUGGUUAGUAUUAAAUUGAUAGUUGGUCCAUUAAUCGGAAGCACAGUUAACUGAUUUGAUUAUGGAGCUUUGUAAUUGAACCUGUGAAAUUCUGCAUUACAAGUAAUUGUAAAACAAUCUUGUAAACUGGGGUUGGAUAUUCUUAUAGACCUAUAUUCUGUUUGCAGUGCCUGUCCCUAAUGCACAUUUUUAAAACUAAAAAUGGCCACAUGAGGAAAAAACAAAACUAAAUACUUGCUUUAUAGCCAGAAGUGCUGUAAGAAGCAAUUAACAACAUCUGGUUCGGAAUGGCCAUAAUUCCCAAACAAAGCUUCAAAAAUACUAACUAAUUAAAUACUACUCCAUCCCAAAAUCUCCACCCAUAUUUGCCCAUGCAUGAUAAAUGGAAUAUUCUCAUCUUGGGAAGUGUUCCAGUCAGACUCCGUGUGCAGAAGAUGUGUCAAGUGUGAGAUUAACAUUAUAUCCCUUUACAUUUGUGGCUUCUCCAGAAAAGUUUUUAAUUUACUGUUUUAAGUGUGUUUUUUUAUAAUCCUAGUACUCUUAGGAGGGGUGCGAACAUUUUUAUUGCAGACUUGAAGCUGCAGAAUCUGAAUUUGGAUAUUUAAGUCAUGAAAUUCUUUUUUUAAAAAAAAGUUUCAGAACCAUUGUGCACAAGAUGCCCAUGUAGUUUUGCAUGUUUAUGGUAUUGUAACUUUUAAACUAACCUAUUAGUUUGCUGGACCACAGCAAUCUUUGUUGCUUCAUCUGAAAAUACAGGUGUGAAAAAAUGAUUUGCUGUUAAUUUCAUUCAUGUGUUGCAUAAAUGUGUGGAAUUUAAUUUCUGAUCCACUCGGAAGGCUGACUGGAUUGGCCAGUGGUGGAGUAAAAAUCACCUAACACCUUGUGUACUAUCCUUUGGUUGUACCAUUUCAAAAGUAUAUGAGAGAGAUUAUUCAGCAUAUUGGAAAAUAUUAAAAGCAAUAAAACAUAUCAACUAUGAUUUUACUGAUGCCAUA